AUGAAGCAGUGGUGGCAAGAAGGUGACUCGGUGGUAAAGAAUGUGCCUGCCAAUGUAGGAGAUGUGGGUUCAACCCCUGGGUUGGGAAGAUCCCCUGGAGGAGGAAAUGGCAAGUCACUCCAGUAUUCUUGCCUGGGAAAUCCCAUGGACAGAGGAGGCUGGCAGGCUAGAGCCCACAGGGUCGCAAAGAGUUGGAUACGACUGAGCAAAUGGGACAAGUGUGAUAGAUACCUGAAAGGAGAGAGAAGCCCUGAUGAGUCUAUGAAGAUGACCCAAGAGAAGAUGCCUGCUAACCAUCUCCCUGGCUCAGAGAAUGUGAAGCCACCCAGUCAGAAGUUAACAGAACAAAUAAAUGGCUUCAGUGUAAAUGCUUUGGACAGUCAGGUGCUGGGAACAUGGCUACAGGAACCAAACUCUGGUUCUAUGAACUAUGAAGAAAGGGGCCUGACUGUUGGGUGCUCAUGA